AUGGCGUCGUCCAAGGUACGUGUCACAACUCGGCCUCUGUGGAAAUUCCUCGACCCCGUCCGCGUCAACGCCCCGAUCCUCAGUAUCCUCUCCUAUCCUCCUCGGUCUCCGAUUCACUCGGCGAUGAUGCAAUCCCAUGCUCGAGCCGGUUCGCAGUCCCUCCUCUUGGGGCCGGGCCCCUUACAUUCGAACAACCGAGUUACACGACGAAAGUCUAUGAAUAACGGCGCUGCCAAUGUGGCGGCGUUAACCGCGGCCAUUAAGGAUGUCGGCGAUGUCUCCGCCUCCCUUCCGAGCGGCGGCUUCGCUCGACGGCACACCGUGUCGAAGGGAGCCAUCGGGAGGACCACCCAAACUAGCUUACUCACGAGCCGGUUGCUAGCCGAUCGAAACGGCGAGAUACCCGAAAAUGCCAUCGACGACGACCCAGCCGACGCGUCAUCCGACCAGGCUGCCUCUGCCGCGCAAAACGCCCGUGUUCGACGUGCGAGCGACGGCCAGCCUCUCACCAAGGACGGCCGAAAGAGCAGCAGGACAGAGCUCCGUUGCGAAAAAUGUGGAAAGGGCUACAAACAUAGCAGUUGCCUGACCAAACACUUAUGGGAGCAUACUCCGGAGUGGACUUACACCUCCAAGUUGCUCAUCUCUAAGCACCAGCAAGUACAGCUUCUCGAGGCUGCCAGCGUGCUCGUGGCUAUGAACAACGCGCCGGAGGACGAGCCUAUGUCGACGACCAUUGUCAACGUCUCUACGCCGCCUGAUUCGGCACGGGGCUUCCCUAGCGAUAACGAAUCGGCGUCGCCCGCGGCUUCGGGAUACUCGGAACAAAACGACCGGCAGAGCUCGGCGGAUACCACUCCGCCGCCCCAGCAAGAAUUGUUCGGGCAGAGCAUCCCUGGCUACCGCCAUCUAUCAAAGAGGUAUAGCAGCGGCGGCUUUUCUCGAUCGUACCAGUCCACACCAAUAUCGGGCGUGGUGGGAAGCGCACCCAACGGUCCUUUGGUGGCUUUGGACAUGCGCGUCAGCAGAGCCAGGACCGUCGACCUCCGUCAUCGGCAACAGCGGCAACCGGACGGUCACCCUGCCCUUGGACGCACCUCCGGUACCACCUCUGCCUGCGCGUUACCUCGACCAGGCGGCGUCACUAUCGAGCGCAGGCUUUCUCAACAGCUUCCCCAGCAGGCAGCCCGAGAGCUUCACCCGAGGGAGCUCCGACGGGUGGAUGUCAAGAUGGAGGAUAGUGCCGACAGUGACAUGGCGGAAGAUGACGAAGAUAUGCAGUCGAGGGCGAGAAGCGACGAGGAGGAAGACGGCGUCUUCGGACUGAUGGUUAUCUGA